AUCUAGAUGUAGUGCGGAAAUUUGGGUGUCGUGUGCAAAUAACAGAUAACAUUUUGCCGGUGAGAAACAGUGUGCACACGUCAAAGUCAGACAAUCAAAUUGAAAAAGCAUGUCUGAAACAGCAGGAAAGCCCAUUCAAUGUCUAGCAGCAGUAGCAUGGGAGGCAAAGAAGCCCCUGACUAUGGAAACCAUAGAAGUAAUGCCACCUAGGGCUGGUGAAGUCAGAAUUAAGGUUUUAUACACUGGAGUAUGUCAUACAGAUGCUUAUACAUUAGACGGCCAUGACCCAGAGGGAAAGUUCCCAUGUGUACUCGGACAUGAAGGAGGUGGUGUGGUGGAAAGUGUAGGCGAAGGGGUAACAUCUGUUCAGGCAGGUGACCAUGUCAUUCCUCUGUAUACACCUCAGUGCUAUGAAUGUAAAUUCUGUAAGAACCCAAAGACAAAUCUAUGUCAGAAAAUCAGGUUAACCCAGGGACAAGGUGUAAUGCCUGAUGGUACAGCUCGGUUCACUUGUAAGGGUAAAGAUUUGUUCCACUUUAUGGGAUGUAGUACAUUUAGUCAGUACACUGUGGUAGCUGAAAUAUCUGUCAGCAAGGUCAACCCUAAAGCAGCCUUAGAGAAGGUGUGUUUACUUGGAUGUGGUAUAUCUACUGGUUAUGGUGCUGCAUUAAAUACAGCAGGAGUAGAACCUGGCUCAACAUGUGCUGUGUGGGGAUUGGGAGCUGUUGGAUUAGCUGUCAUUAUGGGAUGUAAAAAAGCUGGAGCCUCACGUAUCAUUGGCGUGGACAUUAACCCAGAUAAAUUUCCUAUAGCCAAGGAGUUUGGUAUGACUGAGUCUUUUAAUCCUAAAGACCACCCAGAUAAAACUACACAACAGGCUUUAGUGGAACUGACUGAUGGUGGACUAGACUAUACAUUUGAAUGUAUUGGAAAUAUUCAUACAAUGAGAGCAGCUUUAGAAGCCUGUCAUAAAGGAUGGGGUGUGUCCACAAUAAUAGGGGUGGCUGGAGGGGGACAGGAGAUUUCUACCAGGCCAUUCCAACUGGUCACUGGACGAGUCUGGAAAGGAACGGCUUUUGGAGGAUGGAAGAGCAGGGAAAGUGUGCCAAAACUAGUGGAGGAGUACCUGAACAAAGAAUUGAAAGUAGAUGAAUUUGUUUCCCAUAAUGUCAAACUUGACAAGAUCAACGAAGCGUUUGACUUGAUGCAUUCUGGGAAGAGCAUUCGAGCAGUUGUUGCCCUGUUCUAAGAAGGACAAGGAAGUGCCUUAAAGACGGAAGUAAUUCAUUCCAGAACAUUUAACUAAUUCUAGUGCUAUACUACUUUGUUAGAGAGAACAUUUUACACAAGAUGAAUGUGAAGAACAUAUGCACAUUAAAAGCUUUGCAAAAAU